GUUUCUUUCUCUCAGCAUCUCCGCCCUGUGAGCUGAAAACCGUUUCACAUCUUUAGGGGUCACCAAGCAAUGGAACUUGAUUUUGGACACUUUGACGAAAGAGAUAAGGCGUCCAGAAACAUGCGUGGUUCCCGAAUGAAUGGCUUGCCAAGCCCCACUCACAGUGCCCACUGUAGCUUCUACCGGACCAGGACCUUACAAGCCCUGAGCAACGAGAAGAAGGCGAAGAAAGUGCGCUUCUACCGCAAUGGGGACCGCUAUUUCAAGGGGAUUGUUUAUGCUGUCUCCAGUGACCGCUUCCGUAGUUUUGAUGCCUUGCUGGCUGACCUGACCCGUUCUCUGUCUGAUAACAUUAAUCUUCCUCAGGGAGUUCGCUACAUUUACACCAUCGAUGGCAGCAGAAAGAUUGGGAGCAUGGAUGAACUGGAAGAAGGAGAAAGCUAUGUAUGUUCAUCCGACAACUUCUUUAAGAAAGUGGAGUACACCAAGAACGUCAACCCAAAUUGGUCCGUCAAUGUGAAAACCUCUGCCAACAUGAAAGCUCCCCAAUCCCUGGCUAGUAGCAACAGUGCCCAGGCAAAGGAGAACAAGGAUUUUGUGCGUCCCAAGUUGGUGACCAUCAUCCGGAGCGGAGUGAAGCCAAGGAAGGCUGUCCGUGUGCUCCUGAAUAAGAAAACAGCCCAUUCGUUUGAGCAGGUGCUCACCGACAUCACAGAAGCCAUAAAGCUGGAAACAGGAGUCGUUAAAAAGCUGUAUACCCUGGAUGGGAAACAGGCACUGUUUGAACCAUUUUUCCAGUGUCUUCAGGGGAGGCAGAAAUUCUUCAGCGAUUUCUCCAGGAAGCAAUGA